CGAUGAGACGUUCGCAAAGAACUGUUCAAGAUGAAUGUCGUCGGCGCAUGGUUCUCUACUGAGGCGUUUCUCGGGCUCCUGCGCAAAGGUAGCGAGUGCAGUAUGGCGUCGAGCGCCACAAGUCAGGUCGUCAUGGCCUCCAGCCUUGCAUCACUGCAGAAGAGUUCAGAUUUGUUCAGCUUCUCGUACGGGCUUAGCAAGGCAGCCAUGGUGCACCUGCCAGGGUAAGACGAUGGUGGACUACUUCAAGGAUUGGCAGAUCCGG